UUUUUUUCAUUAUGGCUCGAGAGCGAGAAGUGCUCACAUUUGUCUUUUCUCUCGACUCCCUCGAGACGGUCCGAAAUGCAUUCGUGUUUGCUUCGGGCAGUGUCGGGGAAUCAAGAAAGAGGGAGAGUGUUAGUUCGUCUUUGCCGACUCUCAGAAACUCUAUGAGUUCACGUAUACGUGAUUAGGCAGUGUGUGAAAGUGGAAUGAUGUGUUCCUGGUGCACUGAGUGCACUGCACUGCACCCAGUGCUCGGUCUGGUGACACUGGUGCAGAAGCAGCACCGUACAGCGGAAUUGUGUGGAACAUUGUGUGCGUUCCGAGGCAUAGGUGCGUUUUAGUUUAUAUCCUUGUAUCGCGGUAAAAUUGUUGUGUGACGACAUGAAGCUGCAUACAGAUGUAUAUGAUAAGUUGUAUUUAUACAUUACACCGGAAAAGUUCUACAUAGAACCUAUUGGGACUAAAGUGUUACUUGUAUUUGAUAGAGUGAGUCAGCAAAUUUAUACUCAAGCUGGCACAGCCAGUCAAAUCCCAUCGAUUGCAAGUCGUAGGAAAAUAUGGGGCAUAGUAGGAACCAUAAGGCUGUUAGCAGGCCGAUAUCUUAUAGUCAUUACAAAUGCCAUAGACAUCGGAACCAUAGCUGGGCAUCAAAUUUACAAAAUAGUUGCAACAGAAAUUAUACCUUAUACGAAAUCUUUAUUGCAUCUCAGCGAAAAGCAGCAACAGAAUAACGCUACCUAUUUAGAAAUGAUCAAAUCUGUGUUGAAUACACCGUACUUUUAUUUUAGUUACACGUACGACCUUAGCCAUACCAUGCAAAGACUUCAUAAUACGCCACCUGAAUUCUUACAGAUGCCACUUCAUGAUAGAGCAGAUCUUAGAUUUGUAUGGAAUGCUUAUCUUUUACAAGAUCUAACUUCAAGGCCUGAGCAGUACAAAUUUUGUCUGCCUAUUAUCCACGGAUUUAUAUCGUUGAACACUCUCACUGUGUCUGGCAGUACAUCGUUUAAUUUAUGUAUCGUAUCUAGACGAAGUAUCCACCGUGCUGGAACAAGACUGUUUUCGCGCGGUAUAGAUUCUACCGGUAAUGUCUCAAACUACGUAGAAACGGAACAGUUAAUUGAAUUCAAUGGGCAUCGUAUAUCUUUCGUACAAACGCGUGGUUCCAUUCCUUUGUUUUGGCAGCAGACCCCAAACUUGAAAUACAAACCUACGCCUCAGUUGAGCAACCACGAAGAUCAUCAAACUGCUUGCGCUCGACACUUCGAAGCUCAGAUAUUUCAUUAUGGGAAGCAAAUUUUGGUCAAUUUGAUCGAUCAUCGUGGUCCAGAGGCUACCCUCGAGAAAGCAUACCACAACGUAGUACAACGAAUUAACAAUCCGGACGUUCAGUACGAGAGCUUCGAUUUCCACGCCGAAUGCAGAAGAUUAAGAUGGGAUCGGCUGAAGGUUUUGCUCGAUCGGUUAGCCCACGAGUUGGAACAGAUGGGUUACUUUUUCCUUCUGGACGACGGAACGUUAUUAUCUGCCCAGGACGGAGUAUUUCGUACCAACUGUAUCGAUUGCCUCGAUAGAACCAAUGUUGUUCAAAGUAUGAUAGCAAAGAGGGUCGUUAACGAUGCGUUAUCAAAAUUGGAGAUUCUUAGGAGAAUCGAAGAUCACCCUAGCGUAGAAGAACAUUUUAAACGGAUUUGGGCCGACAAUGCUGAUGUGAUAAGUAUUCAGUAUUCAGGGACUGGCGCGUUGAAAACAGAUUUUACUCGAACCGGGAAACGCACUAAAUUAGGUGCUAUGAGAGACGGCGUGACUUCGUUAACAAGAUAUUAUAAAAAUAAUUUUGCCGACGGAUUUAGACAGGAUUCUCUGGAUUUAUUCUUGGGUCGUUACAUCGUGCAAGAUGGCGAAUGCACAUCGGUUCAAUGUCCUUUAGACAGUGAAAGAAACUGGCGUUACGCCACAUUCCCCUUGGUACUUAUCGUUGCAUCGUCGAUGUUGGUUGCUCAUAUCUUUCUCCCUUCGAGAUACACCACCGAAAUUUUGUUAUAUAUGCUAUUUUGGGGCGCCAUGGUGGGUGGUACGUUUGCAACCAUUAUUCAUCACGCCAAACAAUACGUGAACAAGCCAAAAUUGCUCUAAAAGGAUAUAAUUUCAAAUAGCACAUUUUGUGUAACACUUUCCACUUGUAUUGGUAAGCGUUACACGCCCUUUGUUAUUUUUGCUGUUAAAAUUUUAUAUUUUCGUAAUAGUAGGUGUUAGGGUUUGUUUCGAAAUUUUGUAAAAAGAGUAGCAAUCCGUUUUUACGGAUCCGAAUUUCGCACAUACGUAUCGCAUUUUAUUUCCAAAAAGUUUAUGUAUGUAAGUGCUAUAAUAGAGGGGUAAGCGUAGGCGAAAUUAGGGAAACGUGUUUUUAUUGAUGUACAUAGGUUUACACCGUAGUUGAUCAUAUUAAUUGAUUAUUAAAGCUCUCGCUUUUCCCCAUGAAAGUAGAAUAAGCUACGGGUUGCUAGGGACACUCGUUCCUUUGGAUUAGCUUACAACUCCUACAAGGAAAUCGUGUAAAGUAUUGUUAAAGAGCCAAGCUGUUAGUUUUCGACAGCAUUUGCCUGACUAUAAAAUCAAUCCGUGUAUAGUGCUUGGUACUUACCGUCCACGAAUGACUGUUUGAUCUUUCGUGCUAAAUUUUAACAUCGCAGGCGUGUCGGACCGUAUGUAAAAUCCAUUUGCAGUUUAAACAAAAUUUAUCGAAGGUUAACGAUAAAUUAACAUUGAAACGUUUCGAUGGGAAACAGGUUUUUAGAAUGUUAUACGAUCUAAUGGACCGUUCGUAAUUUGCGAGUGCCACCAGACCUAGUCAGAAAGCGGAUCGCGUUUAUAGACACGCGAAGACAUGUUGCAUCGUGUGUGUCAUGACGUAGACGUACAAUUAUCGAACAAAAGUGUAUGCUUUUAAAGUUGUACUCUACCGUAAGCCUGUAACAAUCACGAAUUCCAAUCCCGAUUAGUCCGUCUAAUUGUAACUGAGAGAUAGAUAAAACGUUUUAGCGGAGAAAUAUUUUUUAAUAUUUAAGAAGUGAUUUUCGUACCAAGAUACCUAUUCAGUUGGUAUUCAAAAUGCAUCAAUAAAAUUAAUGUUUUCUCUCUUGCAAAUAUAUUACUGCGUUUCUCACGACACGUAACCGUUAGAAGCGAGCCUAGUUGAGGUAAGAUUAAUUUUAACGAAUGUCUUCGAACAGCACCGUAUACGAUCGCUUGUUGUUCGUUUAUUUUUUAACCCAAAAGUGUUUAUCUGAAAAUACUUCGUUCAGACUCGUCCGAAUCCCUCCACGUGAAACCUGAUGGUUUGGAUCGUUCCAUUUGCUAUGCAGGGUGUUUCAGAAAUACGUGUGAAUAAUUAACUCAUUAAGGGUUAAAUCCGAUCGAAAAAUGGCUAUCUUUGUUUUGUAAAUAGGUUGAGUAUAUUAUAUCAGAAUAAAACAAGUAAACACAGGAUG